AUGAUUCAAGAGUAUUGUAGAAAUUACUCUAUCAUUCCUCAAGAGAAUAACAAAAUUAGCAACAAUAAUAGCUUUACCUUAAAUGGAUGUGAUAAUAUCUCCAGAAACAAAAGAACACUAUCUUUAAAUGCAGAUAUAUAUCCUUCUCAAGCAAACUAUCAAAUUUAUAGCUAACAAGGUCAGAAUGCAGUUUAGAAAUAGAAUUUUAUUUAGUAAUAAUAAGUACAUAAUAAUUUAGUUUAAGACUCUACUUUUUAGAGCUCAUUACUUUAAACAAAUAACUAAUUGAAAGACUAGAAAAAUUAAAUCAAUGAUUGCUCUCCUGCUCAAGAAAAUAAAAUAAGGACAAAGUCAUAAUUGGAUAAUGAGAUUGAAAAGCUAAGAAUGAAACUCAAAUCAGUUAAAAGAAAUUCAGAAGAUAAUAGCAAUUAGAUAGCAAAUAAUGCUUUCCUUAAAUAAAAUCAAUUUAAAGAGAAUGAAAUCCCUAAAAAUUAAAUUCAAAAAAUAGAAAUCAAAGUUAAUUCAAAUAGUGGCAGUGCACAAAAAACUGGAAAGGGAAGUUCUAGUUUACCAAAUGCAUUUUACACAGGAAAUACACAUUUAAAUACAAAUAAUAAAAAAAUAUUCUCCGAAUAGGUUUCAGACAAGAUACUUAUAGAUUUAAAGAAAUAAACAGCUCAAAAGGUAGAGGAUUUUAUAGAAAAUUGCUACUCUUCAAAGAAUUCAAAGAUUCCCCAAUAAAUGCAGUCUAAUAAUAAUUGGAGUUAGAACAAAGAAUCUAAAUAUUUGAAAUUAGGAGAUAUCACUUAGCAGCUGAUGCAAAAUUAAAAUUAGUUAGAUGCAAGUACUAGCAACAGUGGUAAUUAGAGCAAUUCUAUAAAUAACUCGAAUGUAAAUGCUAAUGCAAGACAGAGUUUGAAUAUUCAUACAAGCAAUAUGUACGCAUUAGGAAACUUGAACAAUAGCUUUAAUGGAUAAACUUCUAAAAAUAGUGGAGUAAGACACUCUUAAGGAUCACUUCAAAUAAACAAUAUUUUUUAAGGAGCAGCUGGUCUUAAUUAUGUAACUCCUUAAAAUGUCAAUAAUAACAGCUUUUCUCAUAGCUAGUUUCAUAACUAACAAGCUUGUGAGAUUAAAAAAUGCACUAGCUGUCUUAAAAGAAGAGAGAAGAGUGCAGAAAAAGUUGAUAGAAAAAAGCUUGGUGAAAAUAAAAAAUAGUUUUUGAAUAAAUAUAAUAUCAGUGAUACAAGGAAGGAGUAUUCUAGUUAUAAAGAAUAAAAGGUUUAAUAGCGAAGAUUUUCAAUCCACACAAAUUAAAUUUAAGAACCUUUUAAUUUUGUGUUAUAAGGUAAUUAAGAUGUGAGUCUCAACAGCUCAAGUGUAAAAAAUUAAAACUGGUUGUUAUAAUAGCAAUAACUACAUUAGAAAGCCAAUUAUGGAAAUUUUGCUUAGUAGUAAUAGUAGGAAUCAGAGUCCUACUUAGAUAAGAGCUGGAAUAUGAAGGUAAACUCUCAUGUCAAAGCUCUUUAGCAAGCCUUAGCAGAAAACAGUAAUGGAGUUAGUAAUAAUAACUCGAGGUUUAUUACGCUUAAUGAUUUAAAUUAUUCACAAAUUGAUCAUCCAAGCAAUAAAGGAAAUCAUAAUGCUGACACCACAAGUAAUUAUAAAAGUCUAAAUACAACAAACGUAGUUGAUAAUAGCAUUAUUUUAGGUAAUAAUUAAAACAAUUUAAGUAAUAUUUAAUCACAAUAAAACUCCUUCUUAAGCAACAACAAUAACAACAAUUUUAGAUACUCUAAAAAUUUAUAGUAAGCAUAAAACUCUUCAAACUGUGAAAAUAUUUCCAACAAUUCUUACCAAACAAAGCUUUACUUGGAAGAAGAACCUAAAAAUUUAUAAAAUAAUGCACUUAUACUAAAUAAUAUGCAGCUGAGUGGAACUUCAAAAUUUGCAGGGAUAGAUAUUAAAUAAUUCUAAGAUAAUUUUUAAAGUAAAGAGAAUUUUGAAAUAACUGGCUAAGAAUUAUAAAAAGAAACUUUUUCUAGAGUUUUAGAACAUUAUGAGUCAUUGAUUAGGGAAAAAGAAAAGGAAAAUGAAGAAAAAAUUAAAAAAUAUGAAUAAAUUAUUGAAGAAAUGCAUAUUGAAAACGAAAAAUUAGACGAGUAUAAAUAAUAGCUGGUAAUUAUGAACAAUGAUUUAGCUAAAGAAUUACAAAAUUAACAGUAGAAAAAUAAAACCUUGCAAGAUGAAGACCUUGUUACUAAAAAUAAAUUUUAAGACUAGGAAGUAAGGCUGAAUUAAGAAAUUUAAGCUUAUUAAUAAUAGAUGCAAUAAUUAGAGAAAGAGAAAUCGUUUAUAAAUAAAGCUUUUGAAUACAAAAAUUUAGAAUGUGAUAGCUUGAAAGAGGAGGUACUUAAGUAAAAAUAAGAACUGUAAUAGCUAUAGUAAAAAGUCGAUUAGCAAGAGCUGAUAAUCAGUGAAUAGAAAUUUUAAAAGCAAUAAGAAAUCGAAUUAAUUAACGCAAGAUAACAAGAGUUACAUAGGGCAUAUAAAAGCUAAUUCAACACAUUUUUUGAAAAGAUAUAAAAAAUUAAGGUUAUAAAUGACGAUUAUUUAAUGGCAAAUAAGAGAGAAUUUGAAUCAGUAGAAAAAAGAUUUUAUGAAGACUCUCUUAUAACCAAGCCUUCUUGUAUUUAAUCUACUUAAGGUGAUGAUUUGGAAACAAAAAAUAUAAAAUUAGAGCAGGAAAACAGAUAGCUUAUUGAUAAAUUGAACUCAAAAGAUGAAGAAAUUAACUUGUACAAAGAUGAGUUAACUAAAUCUGAUCAAAUGAAUUAAAAAAUUAUUGAAAUAGAAUAAAAAAAGUUAAAAGAAAGGUAUGAAAUUGAAAUUUAGAAUUUAAACGAAACUGUUUCUUUAAUGAAAUCAAAUGAAGCUAAGUUAAUAGAAAUAAUUAGCGAAUUAGAAUAAAAUAUUUCAUAAAAAGAAUAAGAAAUAAAUAGCUUAAAAGAUGGUAUCCUCUAAAUAUAAUAAACAAAGUAAGAAAUGGAAACUGCCACUUAGUAAUUAAAAGCCAAAAUAGACAUUGUUGAAGAGCAAGAAAAUAUUUUAGAAAAGAAGUUAAUUGAGCUUUCUUUGUCUCAUCAAUCAAGCAUUGAAUGUAAUUAGAGUAAUAAUUUGUAGAGUUCAAGAGGUUAAGAAAUAUAAAAUCUUCUUUAAAAAGUUCAUAAAUUACAGCAAUAAAAUAAAACACUGAAUGAAGAGCUUAUUGAAAGAGAAAAGUAGGUAAAUAUAUUGUAGCAUUAAAAUUAACAAUGCUAAAAAGAAUUAGAAGAGCUUCGUUCUGGAUUAUAAGAAUUUGAAGCAGAAGUAUAAGAAAUGAAGAGGAUUUAUAAUGAAAGCUUCGAGCAAGAAAAGUAAUCAAUAAUUUAGUUUUAUGAAUAAAAAUUAGAGCUGUAGUAAAAUUAGAUAACUUUCUUCAAGGAAAAAGAAUAAUCUGUUGUAAAUGCUUAAUCUGGGUAAUACUGUAAUACAGAUGUUGGAGAAAGCAUUAAAGAAGAUAAAAAGCAAUUAUUAAAUACAUUAUCUGAUCCAAACAUAUCAACAUUAAAAAAAAAUGUAAUGCAAAAUGGAUUACCUCCAACUAAUUCCAAGAAAAGCUUAGUCAGCUUUAAUAAUUUAAACAUGAUAAAGCAAGAUUCUAAUUUGGCAUUAAACAGGAAACACAACGAAACUUUUGAAGAGACAUUUGAAGAUGGAAGAGGUGGCUCUUAUUUAAAAUUAUCAAACAUAGUAGUAAAUUAAGGAGAAUAAAAUAACCAAAAAUGUAAUUAGGAAUAGAAAAUUGAAAACUAAUGUACUUUCCUAGAGUACAUGAAUAAGUUUACAAAUGAAAAAGGAGAAAUGAAUUCAGAUGACUUUUCAAAAGAAAUAUUUUAGUUAAAAGAAAAGGAGCUCCUUUAAGAAAUAGAUAAUCUUAAUAAAAAAUAUUAUCUUUAGGAAUAAAAUACCUAGUUAGAGAUAAGCUGGAUAAGAAAAUAGACAGAGUCUACUAAUUACUUAGAUCAUACAUAAUAUAAGGAAUAGUUAGAUUCUCUACAAAAUUAAAUAAACUAAUUAAAAAUGAUUAAAUAGCAAUUGUCAGCAGUCAGCAAGGAGAUAGAUUAAAGAUUUGAGAAAAAUUAAUUAGAAGAGUUUGCCUAAGAGCUGAAAUAAAAGUAAAUUGAAAUAUAAAUAAAUGAGAAAGAAAUUACUUAGAAGUUAGAGUAAUAUGCUUCAAUUAAUGAAGAAUUUCAGCUAGAAUUUUCUAAAAAUAUAAAUAAUUUGUCAGAAACCAGUGAAGAAAAUUUAAUGAUAAAUGUAUAAUAAAAAGUGAAUAAAACUCCUAGCAAGACAUUAUCGAAAACUAUUAUUAAAAAACUAAAUGAAAUUGGAUCUUGCUAAAAAGAAAAUCCUUCAAAUUAUUUAUUUGAAAAUUAAAAAGAGAUAUAAGAAUCUCUACAAAAUACUGUUUGA